AGUUUCAAAGGAUCCCUCGUCUCUGCUAGUACUAAUGUACUAUCCAUCGUCUUUCUGUUGCUAAAAUCUCAAUAGUCAAAAUUUCCAAACCCCAGAGCAGACGCAAAUAGUCGCCAGUCUCUCUCUCCCCAUCUCGCUCCUCUUUUUUAUUCUCAUGUGAAUCAUUUUUAGGGUUUUCAAAUCGGAUCUUCUGUACAUCUUUGAUUGUGGAUUCAAGAACGCAAGCAUCACCGGAAUCUGUCUGCACGUUUUUCAAAGGGGAUUCGGGUUUUGUCGGUUUAUAUUUGCGGGGAACGUCGUUUACUGAGGAAGAAGCUGUAUAAACGAAGAAGCUGCAGCAUGAGAUUGGCGCCAACCUACGAAGGUAGGUGCAUUUCAAAAUAUCUCCCAUCUACACGGCUUGCUCGAAAUCAAUUAUCCUUGACAACUGCAAGCUCAACACAAAUUUCAUACCAUGGAGUUGGAAACAAGAACAAAGAGACUGAAAUUGAUGUUCUAUUCCGUUCAUGCAAUAAUAUUCAGCUUGCUAAGCGGAUUCACGCGCUUCUCGUGGGGAUGGGGAAAGCUCAAAGCAUCUUCAUCGCCUCUAAGCUUGUUAACCUCUAUGGAUACCUCGGUUAUGUCACCUUUGCUCGUAGCAUUUUUUAUCAGAUUCCAAAGAAAGAUGCAUAUGCCUGGAAUUCUAUGGUCUCUGCUUAUGUUCGCAAUGGAUGUUUCCAUGAUGCUUUGAAUUGUUUCUAUCAAUUAUUAUUGGAUUCAAGAGUUCGACCUGAUUUCUACACAUUUCCUCCAGUGUUGAAAGCUUGUGGAGAUUUGGUAAAUGGGAUGAAGAUUCAUUGUUGGGCUUUUAAACUGGGUUUUGAGUGGGAUGUCUUUGUGACAGCUUCCUUGGUUCAUAUGUAUUGCAGGUUUGGAAUUGUGGGUAUUGCUGCUAAAUUGUUUGAUGAUAUGCCAUUUAGAGAUCUGGGUUCAUGGAAUGCGAUGAUUUCUGGUUAUUGUCAAAAUGGGAAUGCUAGUGAGGCAUUGGAUAUAUUGGAGGAGAUGAGAUUGGGGGGAAUAAAGUUGGAUUCUGUUACUGUCUCAAGCGUUCUUCCUGUUUGUGCACAAAUGAAUGAUUUGUUGAGUGGAAUGCUAAUCCAUCUAUAUGUCAUAAAGCAUGGUUUGGAGUUUGAUGUGUUUGUUUCCAAUGCAUUGAUUAACAUGUAUGCCAAAUUUGGUACCUUGGGGCAUGCUGAGAAAAUUUUUGAUCAAAUGAUGGUCAGAGAUGUGGUGUCAUGGAACUCAAUUAUUGCUGCAUAUGAGCAAAAUGGAGAUCCAGUUACUGCAUUUAAGUUUUUUGCGAAGAUGCGGCAAACUGGAUUUCAGCCUGAUUUGUUGACAGUAGUGAGUUUAGCUUCUAUUGUUGCUCAAUCAAAUGAUUGUCAUAAUAGUAGAUCUCUUCAUGGAUUUGUCAUGAGGAGAGCUUGGAUAAUGCAAGACGUUGUCCUUGGAAACGCAGUUGUGGACAUGUAUGCAAAAUUGGGGGAGGUAGACUCUUCUCGUAAAGUUUUUGAAGAACUCCCAGUCAAAGAUGUCAUUUCAUGGAACACUUUGAUCACAUGUUAUGCUCAAAAUGGCCUUUCCAGUGAGGCAAUUGAAAUAUUCCAGAGGAUGCAAGAGUGUAGAGAGAUAAUACCAAACCAAGGGACGUGGGUAAGCAUUAUACCAGCUUACUCCCAUGUUGGAGCCUUGCGACAAGGAAUGAGAAUCCAUGGGCAUGUGGUUAAGAAUUGCUUAUACUUGGAUGUCUUUGUUGGUACGUGCCUCAUUGACUUGUAUGGAAAAUGUGGGAGAUUAGAUGAUGCAAUGUCUUUAUUCUAUCAAGUGCCCCGAAAGAGUUCUGUGCCUUGGAAUGCCAUAAUAUCUUGUCAUGGAAUUCAUGGGCACGGUAAGAAAGCCCUGGAUCUAUUCGGAGAAAUGUUGGAUGAUGGGGGGAAGCCUGAUCAUGUAACAUUUGUAUCUUUAUUGUCAGCUUGUAGCCAUUCAGGUUUAGUAGAUGAAGGUCAGUGGUGCUUCCACAUGAUGCAAGAAGAAUAUCGGAUUGAGCCUAGUCUUAAGCACUAUGGAUGCAUGGUAGACUUGCUUGGUAGAGCUGGGUAUAUAGAAAAAGCAUUUGACUUUGUAAGGAAUAUGCCUUUACAACCAGAUGCUUCCGUCUGGGGUGCUCUUCUUGGUGCUUGUAGAAUACAUGGAAAUGUUGAGUUGGGCAAAUUUGCUUCAACCCACUUAUUUGAAGUUGAUUCAAAGAAUGUAGGUUACUAUGUUUUAUUGUCAAAUAUUUAUGCAAAUGUUGGAAAAUGGGAGGGGGUGGAUAAAGUGAGAUCAAUGGCUAGAGAUAGGGGAUUGAGGAAAACACCUGGGUGGAGCUCAAUUGAAGUCAAUAAUAGGGUUGAUGUCUUCUAUACCGGCAACCAGUCCCAUUCUCAUUGUGAAGAGAUAUACAACGAGUUAAGUGUAUUAACUGCUAAAAUGAAGAGCCUUGGUUAUAUUCCAGACUAUAGCUUUGUGUUGCAAGAUGUUGAAGAGGAUGAGAAGGAACAUAUCCUUAUGAGCCAUAGUGAGAGAUUGGCCAUUGCAUUUGGUAUUAUAAGCACACCUCCAAAAAGUCCAAUUCGGAUCUUCAAGAACUUGCGAGUUUGUGGGGACUGUCACAAUGCAACUAAGUACAUUUCAAGGAUUACAGAGAGGGAAAUUGUUGUGAGGGAUUCUAACCGUUUCCAUCAUUUCAAGGAUGGAAUUUGUUCUUGCGGGGAUUAUUGGUGAUGGAUUUUUAUAUUUUUUUUUGAGUUAAUUGAUUAUCUAUGUUGAUGCUUUUUUUAAUUAACUUCAACAGCCAAACUAGGUGUAUUAUUAAUAUUUUUCUCUAUAAGAAUGGAUAUUUGCACAAGUAGCUUGCACAUGUGCUUUCAUUAGAAUGGGUCCAUGUCGGCAAUGGCACAUCUAUUAGUUUGCACUUUCUUGAAUUUCAUUGCCAUUGCUCCAUUUCUUUAAUAUU